UCUCGUGCUGACGCAGACGUUGAGAAACUCAUGCGGUUCACGAUCGACUUAGAGCCCGCUGUUCGCGAGUUGAUUCAAGAGUACCGCGAUAUUUUCGCCCCAUAUUUCUCAUACAGCGGGAUCCCUCCGAUGCGCGGUGUUGAGCAUUCUAUCCAGCUCAUGCCUGAUUAUCGUGUCCACCAUCAGACACCCUAUCGACUCUUGAUUAUAGAGGCGACGGAACUCAAGCAUCAGCUUGAGGAGCUCCUUCGACUGGGUUUCAUUAAACCCAGUAACUCCCCUUGGGGUGCACCCGUCCUUUUUGCUCGCAAAGCGGACAUAACUCUUCGCCUCUGCUAUGACUACCAUGACCUUAACUAUUACACGGUUAAGAACAACUAUCCCAUGCCUCGCGCGGAUGAGCUGUUUGACCGUCUGGCAGGCAACGGCUUCUUCACGAAGAUCGAUCUUCGUAGUGGCUACCACCAGAUCCACGUAGCCACAGAGGAUCAGCCAAAGACCGCCUUCCGGUCGCGCUUCGACCACUGCGAGCUCACGGUGAUGUCAUUCGGCUUCACCAAUGCACCCGCCGCCUUCCAGAUGGUGAUGAACGACAUCUUCAGGGACAUUCUUGAAGAAUACGUUCUUGUAUACCUGAACGAUGUCUUGGUCUACAGCCGUACCUUAGAAGACCAUCUCAGACACCUCUGCAAUGUCCUACAACGCUUCAAGUUACUCAAACAUGAUUUCCAUGCCAAGCUUAGUAAGUGCUGCUUUGCCCAAAGUAAAGUGAACUUCCUAGAACACCAUGUGUCUGACCAGGGUCUCCACAUGGACGACACAAAGAUCACUGCUAUUGCGGAGUGACCUGUCCCCACAUCCGUCAAGCAACUUCGCAGU